UUCACAAACACACUAAUCCUCAGAUAAGAUUGAAGAAAACCAAAUCAAGCAAUGGCUCAAGCACAAGCCGAGAGGAUUGAAGAAAAGAGUAUUCAAGAGAAAGAAGGAACAGCGAUGAAGAACAGGAAUGGGAGUAGUAAAAAUAAUGGUAGUACUAGUAGUGGGACUGUGCCCUUCAAAUUCAAUGCUCAGGCACCUGAAUUUGUGCCCAGAUCGCAAACCCAGAUGCCCAUUUCGGGAUAUUACUAUCCUUGUUUUCAUUAUCUGGGUGGGACUGUUGGUGCCUCUGAUUGGAUCUUUGUUGGGGAUCAAGAACCUGUUUAUGCCAUCUCAAACCCUAAUGUCACUCUUCCUAAUUCCCCCAAGAAUGUCCUCACUGAUGAUCUCAAACAAAAGAUCAUCAAACAGGUGGAAUACCAGUUCAGUGACAUGAGUCUUCUUGCAAAUGAAACUUUAUCAAAACACAUAAAUAAAGAUCCAGAAGGUUAUGUGCCCAUUUCUGUUCUUGCUUCUAUGAAGAAGAUCAAGUCUCUUGUUGGUAAUAACCAGAUGCUUCCCCAAGCACUGCGGUCCUCUUCAAAGCUUGUUCUAAGCGAUGAUGGUAAGAAGGUUAGGCGUAAACACCCUUUCACAGAGAAAGAGAAAGAGGAAUUGCAGGUAAAGAUACUCGAACCUAUUAUUACAUGGUUGAUCAUAAAGUUGCUCUUCGAAAUCUAUUGGAACAAUGCAAUUUUCUGUUUUGUUUUGCAGUCUCGUACUGUUGUAGCAGAGAAUUUGCCCGAAGAUCAUUCUCACCAAAACUUGGAGAAAAUAUUUAGUGUGGUUGGAAGAGUGAAAACCAUCCGCAUUUGUCAUCCUCCUGAAAUCAAUUCUUCACGCUCUAAAUGCGAUUUCUUUGUGAGUAACAAGCUACAUGCACUUGUGGAGUAUGAGAAUUCUGAUAUAGCUGAGAAGGCGGUUGACAAGUUAAAUGAUGAAAGGAACUGGAGGAAAGGGCUUCGAGUAAGGCCACUGCUUAGAUGCUCGCCAAAAUCUGUUCUAAAGAACAGAAAGUCAGAGUUUGAUGGCAUUUUAGAUGAUGAGGAAGACGCUGAAGAUACAUAUCAGCUAAACCACCCAGAUUUGGUCAUUGAGAAUAAUGCUGAAGAACAUUCAAUGGGAUCAAAGAAGGGAUGGGCUAGAGGGCGUGGAAAGGGGCGUGGACGCGGACAAACCCUCAUCGGACGUGGGCUGCUGGCCCCAUCUCCUCAAUCAAGCAGUGCAGCUCAGUCUGAAGCAUAUGCCAAACAGACUUCUAAGGGUCCUAGAAUGCCAGAUGGAACCAGGGGUUUCGUCAUGGGGCGAGGCAAGCCAUCAAGUUCACCAGCUCUUGCCGCUUCAUCUUAAAAAUUCUGCCACAACUGGGCUGUGCUCUAGCUAUUAGUUACCAGAUGGCUCUGCAACUCCUGAAAGCAGCAAAUGAGUAAAACUAGGCAAUAAUAAUAUGUAGUAGAC